UGUAUAUCAAACCAGAUCAAAUGGAAAUGAGAUGUUCUGGCACGCGCAACGGCGCUCCAUUUGGACAUUAGUUGUAGUGACUAAUUAUAUGUUUUAGGACUAAUUAUAUCUAUAUUUUUCUGUUGGCUUAUAAUUUGCGGUUGGGCCCUGGAUAAUUACUAUUAUUUUACCGACAAUUCGCGAUACUUAUGGAGGCUAUAUAUAAAAGAUUUCCAUUACCAUUUUUGGGCAUAUUUUCAAAAUGUUCCUACACGUAAUUCUUUUGGAUGCCAUCGUGCUGCUGGCGAUCGUUAGCCAUUCGAGUGGAGGGACCUACGAACUUUUAGUGGCCGAUGAGAAACUCUUCAGUGAUUGCCCGAAUCAGGCAAAAGGCACUCUCAAUCAGCAUGGCAUGUUCGACUUAUCAGACUUAAAUAGAAGCAUGAAUGCUGAAGGUGUAAACAUCGCAGGAAGCCUCACGUGCGCGUGGGAUGUUCAACCCGAGGAUCGUGUGGAGAUGUCCAUUACCCUUCUCUAUUUCGACAGAGGCAACUGGCAGUCCACCGUCUUCUCCUUGGUGUCGAAGGACUUUUGCAAGAGCAUGUACGACGAGAAGCAGUAUUGGUACAAGUUCUGGACCCAACACGUUACGAAUUCCGCAGAUGUAAAGGAUAAAUGUGUCCUUUACCCUGGUACGAAAUUACAGCUGGAGCCGUUUAUGCUGUCCUUGAGGGCCUCCACCUCGGGACCAUUCCGGAAUGGACGCUACAAGGCCCGGAUCCGCUUCAAUGCUUUCGAUCAGAGCGGGGCCAGUCGCCUACCGAACAUCUGCUUCGAGAUUAUGGGCGACAUUUACAAAGUUUGAGUUGUUUCCUGUUUUCUUUUGUUUUUUAUACUAAAAAUAUGUACGAAAUUUAUUAUUGGUGUGAAGCGUACAAAUCAUAAAUCAUAUUCAUAUAAUAUAUGUAUAUAGAAUGGUUUAUAUAUACACUCAA